AUGGCUCCACCACAGUCAAUAACAGUGAAACGAAAUAGCAGUAACAACGAGGAACGAUCAGAAAAUGAUGCCGAGAAACGAUUCAAUCAUAACACUUUGAUCGUAUUCAUAAAUGGAGAACGAUUUGAAGAGACACAGCUCGAUCCAAGGACGACACUGGCUGUUUUUUUACGUGACCAUAGUAAAUAGCGAUUGACUGGCACAAAAAUUGGUUGUAACGAAGGUGGCUGUGGAGCAUGCACUGUAAUGAUUUCCGAUGUUGAUCCUUUGGAUGGAAAAAUUCGUCACUAUUCGGCAAAUGCAUGUCUCACUCCAGUGUGUGCGGUGUUCGGUAAAGCUGUCACUACGGUUGAAGGAAUUGGCAACACCUCAUUGCUUCAUCCAGUUCAAGAACGACUUGCCAAAGCUCAUGGUUCACAGUGUGGAUUUUGCACACCCGGUUUCAUUAUGGCCAUGUACACGCUUCUCAGAAACAACAGCCAUCCAACAAUAGCCGAAAUUGAUGAGGCGAUACAAGGAAACUUGUGCCGUUGUACUGGAUAUCGACCAAUCCUGGAAGCUUUCUACUCGUUUUCAGUGACAGAAGAUAAUAUCAUCAAAAAAUCCGACCAGGCAGAGUCAUUCUGCAGUUUGGGGGAACAGUGUUGUAGGAAUAAAUCAAAAAUUAAUGUCUGUGGCCGCAAUGAGAUUAAGAAGCUAUCAAAUUUUGACGACUGUAAGCAAUACGAUCCGUCACAACAAAUCAUAUUCCCACCUGAACUAAAGGUGGAAAGAUACGAACAACGUUCAUUCGAAUUACAUCACAACGAAUUGCACUGGUAUCAGCCGUCUAGUUUAACACAUGCGUUAUUCCUCAAGAAGCAACUAGCAAACUCUCGUAUCAUAGCUGGUAACACUGAAGUGGGUGUUGAGAUGAAAUUUCGUUUUAUCGAAAUAAAACACGCGAUCAAUUUGAAACAGACAAUCGCUGGAAAUAUCGUGACAGCCUCACCGAUAAGUGAUUUGAACCCGGUGUGGAUGUCUGUGAAUGCAUCCGUUGUAUUGAUGUCGCAAGAACGUGGCUCGCGAACAGUUUUCCUUGAUGAAAGCUUCUUUAUUGGUUAUCGUAAAACAAUUGUUAAAGCUGAUGAAAUUCUGGUUGGAAUUUGGAUACCAUAUUCAAACGAGGUUUUUGUUGAUUUAUUGGAUACUUUCAACAUCAGACAUUGUUCAAACCAGUAUGUGAAGGCAUUCAAGCAAGCACAACGAAGGGAAGAUGAUAUCUCAAUAGUGACCUCAUCGAUGAUGGUACAGUUCAACGAAAACGCUCCUCACACUGUCGAUUCAAUGCGAAUCGCGUACGGUGGUAUGGCACCAACGACAAAAUUGGCUAUUUGCACGAAUAAAUCAUUGCGUGGAAGGCGCUGGGAUGAGGAAUUACUAAACGAUGGUAUUAGUGAACUGAAUGCGGAAUUCGAUUUGCCAGUGGAUGUACCCGGUGGGAUGGCGAAAUAUCGACAAGCAUUGGCACUUUCCUUCUUUCACAAAUUCUACAUCUAUGUUAAGGAACAGAUUCAGUCUAACGAUAAUUGGAUUGUUGGUAAGGACAGGUGCAAUAUCGAUCAUCCAGAACAGAAACUGAUAAGUUCACAAAUAUUCCAAGACGUGCCAAAGACUCAAUCAAAUAUUGAUCCGAUUGGAAGGCCCUUCAUGCAUCAAUCUGGUAUCAAACAUACCACUGGUGAGGCAAAAUACUGCGACGAUUAUCAUCCUCAAGAUGCUCUGAGUAUGGUACUGGUAUUGUCACCGAUUGCGUGUGGUACAUUAAACUCAGUGGAUUGGAGUGAGGCACUGAGGCAGCAGGGAGUGCGAGGUUAUGUGGAUCAUCAUGAUGUUCGGGACAAUGCUAUGCUUGGGCAUGCAAAUGACACGCCAAUUUUUGUUAAAGAUAAAAUUUCAUACCAUUGUCAACCAGUUGGUGCGAUUGUAGCAGAUGAUCAUGAAACGGCGCGUAGAGCAGCAAAUCUGGUCAUCAUGAAUUACACUGAGCAGAAGCCAAUUGUCACGAUUGAGGAGGCCGUGAAGAACGAUUCUUAUUUGAUGACGGAUCCUUUUGUGGUGAAGAGUUGUUUGACUGAAGACUAUGGUGAUCAUGAUGCGGUGACUGACGAUUGGUCAAAAUAUGAUCAUGUUGUUGAGGGAUCAGUUCGAAUCGGUGGUCAAGAGCACUUCUACUUUGAGACACAAAAUUGUAUUGUGAUACCGGGUGAAGGUGAUGAAAUGGAAGUCAUCUCAUCAACACAAGGCGUUGAUGAUGUUCAGUUGACUCCAGAGCGAUACGAUGAUAUGGCCAUCUCAGGAACGCGACAUCCGUUCAAAUGUAACUACAAGGUUGGCGUCAAUAAGGAUGGCAAACUUCUGAACGUAAACGCCGAACUGCUCAGCAAUUGUGGACAUUCUAACGGCUCCGCUUUUUCAAUCAAUAUUUCCUCGAUCGAUUCAUAUUCAGAGCGCGCCAUCGUACAUUUCGAUAACGUUUACCGUUUCCCAAAUGCUGAAAUUGGUGGUCGCAUGUGCCGUACAAAUCUCGCGUCCAAUACGGCUUUCCGUGGUUUUGGCGGACCGCAAGGAAUGUUUGCAACCGAAACCAUGAUGCUACAGAUUGCUGAACAAUGUGGUUUUGAUGUUAAUGAAAUUCGAGGCAAGAAUUUGUACAAAGAAGGUGAAUGUACACCAUUUGGAAUGCAUCUGAGACAGUGUAACAUUCGACGAUGUUGGGAUGAAUGCUUUGAGCUGAGCGAUUAUCGAAAACGUCUCACUGACAUCAAACAUUUCAAUAGGGCAGCUGAAGAUGGUCAUUCCAGAAGCAAUAAAUUCAUCAAAAGAGGUAUCUACGUUACACCAACAAAAUUUGGCAUAGGAUUCGGAUUGAAACAACUCAAUCAAGCAGGCGCAUUGGUGCACAUCUACAGAGAUGGUUCAGUUUUAAUAUCGCAUGGUGGUAUGGAAAUGGGGCAAGGUUUGCAUACAAAAAUGAUGCAGGCAGAUAUAAGCAAAGUUCAUAUAUGUGAUACGUCCACUGACAAAGUACCGAAUGCGAGUCCAACGGCUGCAAGUGUUGGCAGUGAUGCGAAUGGUUUAGCAAUUAUGGUCUGA